AGGAGAAUGUUGUGUGUAAUAGUAGCUAUUCUUCUCUUGUCAAUAUUUUCACAAGCCACCUUUGCUGAUCAACCUGAUGGCAAAGGUAAAAGCAAGCAGGUCGACGCGGUGACUCAAGAUCCCGGUUAUGUUGUGUUGGAUCCAUUGCCGGGUACGGUGCAAGAACGCGCGUUCUGCACGACUCCAGGAGUUUGUUACUAUAGAACACUCACUUGUCCAGUUGAGUGUCCUCAGAGGAAGCCUAGACAGAACAAGAAGCAGAAGGGAUGCUAUAUCGAUUGCGGCAGCAAGUGUGAAGCAACUUGCAAGUGGAGACUACCUAGGUGUGAUGGUUAUGGUGCUCUAUGCUACGAUCCCAGAUUUGUGGGCGGUGAUGGAGUGAUGUUCUACUUCCAUGGAUCAAAGGACACUGACUUCGCUAUUGUCUCAGACGACAACCUCCAUAUUAAUGCGCAUCUAAUUGGUACACGACCAAAGGGAAGGAAGCGUGACUUUACAUGGGUUCAGAAACUGUCAGUCAUGUUUGACGCCCACACAUUAGUCGUAGGAGCAAAGGAAGUGUCGCACUGGGAUGAAAAGGUUGAUGCACUUACAGUACAGUGGAACAGUGAGACAGUUGAUGUCCCGACAGAAGGAGAUGCAGAAUGGAGUGUCAACACUGCUGAGAGAUCAGUGGUGGUCGAAAGGACAGACGAUCUUAACAGUGUGAGGGUGACAGUUUCCGGAUUGUUGCAACUGGAUGUAAAGGUAGUCCCCAUCGGAGAGAAAGAAAACAAAGUUCACAACUAUCAGCUACCAGCAGACGAUGCAUUUGCUCACUUGGAGACACAAUUUAAGUUUUUCAAUCUAUCCAAACACAUCGAAGGAAUUCUUGGUAAGACUUACCAGCCGGGCUAUGUUAGUCCAGUCAAGAGAGGUGUGCCAAUGCCAAUCAUGGGCGGAGAAGACAAAUAUCAGACAAAAUCACUCCAUUCAGCUAUCUGCAACAAAUGCAGGUUCCAAAGAUCCUCAAGCGUUGCUUCAGCUUGACGAUAUAAAGAUAUUAACCAAUAAGUGUAAUAUCGGCCAAGUUAACUGUACCUGUAUUGUUUUUUAACCUACGAUAAAUCUGAUUGUAUUUGGAUAUGUUACUAAAUAUGUGAAUAAAGGAUGCGAAAUUCAUGCACAA